AUUACUCCCGCCACUCAAGAUUCGCCACCUACCACCUCUGCUGUCAGUGGCCGUCAUCACCCCCACGCAGAUUCGUGGAGUCAAACAGGGAAGAAACGGUCUUUAGUGAAGGAUUGUCUCGCCUAUAGGACUUCACAGAAGCUGGGGAGGGACGUGAGGCCAGGCCGGAGCGUGAUAGGCCGUGAGGUAACCUGACCCACUGUACCGCCACCUUAACCCACCAGAGUGAUGAGCCAGAGAGAGUCUUAGAUCCUAUUGGCAGUCUACCUAUGGAGUCUCUUUUGUUUUGACGACUCUCUACUCUACAGCCACCACCAAGAUGACUCUCAACACUACCCUCUUGGAGACCAUGGAGGAAGAAUUCAGUACCGAGGGUUCCAUAAUGGAUAAUGAGACGUUGAUGGAAGUGGGUGAUUUAAUGUGUUUGGAGACUUACAAUGCCACCGCGCCAUCACCCAGGCUUUUGCGGUUCAUCGUGUAUGGUUUCUUGUUAACCACUGUUGGCUUGCUGGGGGUGGCAGGCAAUCUCAUAUCCAUUACAAUAUUGUCUAGGCCCAAGAUGCGAUCGUCUAUCAACUGCUGUCUAAUCGGCCUCACCUCCUUCGACAUGAUCGUCACCACCACAUCCGUGCUUAUGUUCGGUCUGCCGGAGAUCUGCGAGUACACACACACAAUGUUAUGGUACUCUGAGGGCGUCUACCAGAGAGUCACGCCCUUCGUCUUCCCUCUGGCGCUAGUGGCACAGACGGGAUCGGUAUAUUUGACAGUGACGGUGACAGUAGAGCGUUACAUAGCAGUGUGUCGGCCGCUACGUGCAAGGUAUCUCUGUACAUAUGGACGGGCAAAGGUGUACGUGAUCAGCGUAGCUCUGUUCUCCAUCCUGUACAACAUACCGAGGUUCUGGGAAGUGUCUAAUAAGGAGUGUAAUGUAGACGGCGAGACCUUUGUGAUCGUGGUACCGUCAGCGCUGCGUCUGAACCCUUACUACAUAGAGAUCUACAUCAUGUGGGUUUACCUGAUAGUCAUGUACCUGGUCCCCUUCCUUAGCCUCAUGAUCUUCAACUUCUUCAUCUAUAAAGAGGUCCGGGCAGCCAAUCACGAGCGCCAGCAGCUGAGUCGACUACAGCGGAAGGAGAUUGGUCUGGCAGUGAUGUUGCUGGUCGUCGUCACGGUGUUCUUCGUUUGCAAUGUUCUUGCCUUCAUCAUAAACGUCUUGGAGCUUCUGGACAUCACCAUUGCUGAACUGACGAUGUCCAGUAACCUCCUCGUCACCAUUAACUCGUCCGUUAACUUCAUCAUCUACUGUAUCUUCGGACAGAAGUUCAGGAAGUUGUUUUUGAGGAUGUUUUGUUCGGGUUUCCUGUUUUGUGCCAGGGGAAGGGACGCAUCCCUAGACUCGGCAGCCUACGGCAACAACAGUAUUUACGGAGAAUCUCGAACCUUGACCAACGGCAAGAUGACUCAGACUAUUCGACUGUCUUCUUGGAACGGAUCACACCAGUCAGGUCGAUCAUUACACCCGCAUGACAUCCACGGUCACCACGGCCACUCCUGCAGCGGGACUUCCUGGCGUGCCUCUCGCUACUCCAGCAUACCCUUAGGAGACUCCUCCACGCCUAGGACAGCCUCCACUUCCUUCACCCCCUCUAGAAGCCCAUCAUUAGUGCCCCAGCGCACCCCUUCAGAGAAUGUCCACGUCCUCUGAAUAAAGGACACAGCAUCUUAACGUGUCGCAAAGUUUACAUAUCAGUUGUGGUGGCACAAACACUUUACGCUGUACACUUUUGGAUGCCGGUUUAAAAGUUUAGAGAAGACAACUUUCUCAUGUAGCAUGAACUGUAUUCCUCUAUAGAGAGCUGUGAACUUACAGAAAAGAGUCUCCUUAAUCCAUUAAUUUCCCUAUUUUUUUAAAGAAUGAACUCUGUAGACAUAUAAGUGUGACAUUCUGUGGUGCUCUGUGAAACAACCUCCAUGAUUAGUCGGGCUGAUGUGGGUGAUGCUCUUGACCUCUCAGGUUAGGUUGUCAGUUCUUCAAGAUUUCCUCCUUCUGAAGUGUCGAUCUCAGUAGCACACCUCGGCAGUACUCUGGGUACAUCACCUCAUUAUGAAAUGUUUCCUCAGUAGAUAGGUAACAUGAUUUCUCAGAGGCUCUACAAAUAGUUCCCCAGCAUGAGGAUCCCCAGAAAACUGAACCAGAAUAUAGGUGGUGGAAACAGGGGCAUCUAAGGGAGGGGAAACAACUGAUAACAACUUGGGGAGGAUAUGAAUAUGAAGCCUGGAAAAACCUGAAAGAAGUGAAGCAUGAAGCCUCCAUGAUAUAACUUGAAACAAAAACAAAUUACAGUGAAGAGGAUAAAAAAUAAGAGCUGUAUGUGUCUAGCUAAGAGAACCAUCAAAGAAAUGAAUCACAACUUCCAAGGCUGAGGACAAAUAUGAGGUACUUUCAAUCUAUACCUCUCGUCCACCCUAAACCAGUGGAGUGGUUCUUCACCUAAGACCCGGAUUUGUUGACAGUGAAAACAUUCCUAGUUGCUUAGUGACUCAUGAUCGUGUGUUGCUAUGAGUGUGACAUACUGUACAUAGAAAGCAAUUACACAGAUACUCAGAAGUUUCAGUAAAAGACGCUACCGUGUGUGUCUGCAGUGAACCAAACAGGAAAUGUAAAGACUUAUUUCAUAUUUACAUAGACAACAAUUCAGUCAUUCCAAGGUUUUUCUAGAAUUUUAGCAUUUGUUUUAGAAAGGCCCCCCCCCCCAAAAAAAAAAAUUAUCAAGCUGUCCUAAGAUCAUACAACCAGAAAUAUUAUCAGCAUGUUUCGAAUGCAUUUCUGUAAUUGGUGAUGAGAUAACCUGUACCCUGCAAGCCAGAAGCAACACUACCAACAGCUGUAAUGGAGAACGACAAACACAGCCUAAUAAUGUAUGUGGAGAAACUAUAAGACUGAAGAAAUAGGAGAAUAUUAUCCUUCGUAUGUUUAUGGCGCCUACACUCCUGGUGACGGCUGCGUACUAAUGUUAAUGUAAGCAUAAUUAACACACAACAUGUACAGUAUAAUUAUCUCCAUUCCUAAACCUAUCAUGUUUGUCUUAUUUGUAUAAUGUGAUAAUCCCAGAGAGAAACGAAGUGAAAUUAUAGAAUAUGUCUAUUAAUCUAGUCAAAGUUGAAUGAGAUUGUAAAGAACUAAGACAAUAUUAAGUGGAAAUUAUUAAACAAAAUAAAUAAAAACACUGUCAAAGUAAAGUAACCUGAGGAAAAUACUUUGAGCUGUAAUACUGUGGAGAGGACUGAGGCUCCACACCAUUACAUACAAAGUAGUUUUGAGAGAAGUGAAGGAUGACGAACUAGUAAUAAAUUAAACCUUAAAUGCAUGUCAGUGUUUAGUAUGUCAAGAGAUAACUAAGGGUGUGUGUGUGCGUGCAUGUGCUUAUGCCCUACAUAAUAUACUGUAUUUGAUAGCCAAUAUCCUUACCUGUGCUCACACUUGAGGUUAUUGACAAUCACUGUUAACUUAAAGAUGUACUGUAUGUGGGGCCAUGUUGACCACUUGGAUCCCAUCAUAGUUGUAAGUGAGCAUUAAAAAAAAAAAGUAUAUAUAUAUUGUAUAGAUAUAAGAUUGAAAAGUUGUAAGUGUGGUGGGGCAGGUAGAGCAAGACUUACCAUGUGUAUGUGAUGAAGUCUGUGUUUAUUGUUGCUGGAAGGUGAUCCAUGUUAAUGUAUAAAAUGGUCUCUCUCUCUCUCUCUCUCUCUCUCU